AUGGUUAAGAGUUUAAGAAAAGAAACUCCUGGUCAUGAUAAGCGCAUAAAACAGAAAAAAGAUCUAGCCUUUAAGGAGUCACAAAGAGGAGCAUUGGAUAGAUUUGUUGUUAAGCUUCCACCUACAAUAGUUCCAAAUCUAACUGAAAAUGAAAAUGUUGUUCCCAAUUUGGACCGUGAUGAAAUAGGAAAUGAUUUGGAACUCACUCAGAAUGUUCAUGAAGAAGUUCCUAACAUAGUUGUUAACGAAAAUGAAAAUGUUUCUGAUAGGGAAGAUAUAUGUAGAGAUGAUAUUGAAUUGGAAAAAGGACCUCUUAGAGACCCAAAUAUAAAGAAAGGUCCCAAGGAUAAACGAUCAAGAUACUUCUCUUCAACUUUUUUUACAAGAAUUUUACCUAAUGGUGAAGAAUAUGACAGAAAAUGGCUUGUGUAUUCAAAAGAACUAGAUAAAGUAUUUUUCUUCUGUUGUAAGCUGUUUAAAAAUAGUUCUCGGAUAUGUGGUUUAUCAAAUGAGGGGUAUAAUGACUGGGGUCAUCUUAGUCAAAUGGUUAGUAAGCAUGAAAAUAGUACAGAACACAAUGUUAAAAUGAAAGUUUGGCUUGAACUGCGUGAUAGACUAAAGAUAAAUGAUACAAUUGAUAAGCACCUUCAACGUCAGAUUAAUGAAGAUAGGGAACACUGGAAGCAAGUAUUGAAGAGAAUUAUUUCUGUUGUGAAAUAUCUUAGCAUACAUAACUUGGCUUUUCGUGGAACAAAUGAGAAAGUGUAUGAAAUUAGUAAUGGAAAUUUUUUAGGUUUGAUUGAAAUGAUUGCCGAGUGGGAUCCGGUAAUGAAAGAACAUAUGAGAAGAAUUAAAAAUAAUGAAAUUCAUUACAAUUAUCUUAGUUCUAAGAUCCAAAAUGAGUUGAUUGAUUUGCUAGCUUCUAAAAUCAAAAGUGCCAUCAUUCAGAAAAUUAAGGCUGCCAAGUAUUUUUCUAUAUUGCUUGAUUGUACUCCGGAUGCGAGCCACCAAGAGAAAAUGUCUUUGAUUAUUCGGUGUGUAGAUACUAGUGAAAGUCCAAUAAAAAUUCAAGAAUACUUCAUGGGAUUCUUAAAAGUAGUUGACACAACUGCACAAGGACUAUUUGAUGUACUGAAAAGUGUUUUGAAAGAUCUCGAUCUUGACAUUAACAACAUUCGUGGUCAAGGAUAUGAUAAUGGGGCUAAUAUGAGUGGGUGCAAAAAUGGUGUACAAAAGAAGUUGUUGGCUGUGAAUCCAAGAGCAAUGUAUACACCUUGUGGGGCUCAUUGUUUAAAUUUAACACUUCUUGAUAUGGCACGUUCUUGUAAGGGAGCUACAGAUUUUUUUGAAACAUUAAAUCAGAUUUACAAGAUUUUUUCUGCAUCUACAAAACGGUGGGAUAUUUUCAAAGAAUAUGUGAAAGGUUAUACCGUCAAACCAUUGUCGGAUACUAGAUGGGAAAGUCACAUUGAAAGUGUGAAGGCAGUUAGGUUUCAAGUUUUUGAUAUAAGAAAAGCUUUGCUUAAAGUAGGAGAUAAUGGUGAUGAUAAGGAUACUGCAGCUAAGUUUAAAGCGAAAAACUUAGCAAAACAUAGUGUUGGAAAUUUUGAGUUUUUAUUAAGCAUGGUGAUUUGGUAUGAUUUGUUAAAUGCUGUAAACUUGGUUAGUAAAUCAUUGCAGUUUAAGGAUAUGCUUAUCGACGAUGCUAUGCGUCAAGUGAAAGGACUUCUAAAAUAUUUUCAAAACUAUAGAGAUAAGGAAUUUGGGAAGGCCUUAACCACUGCCAAAGAUAUUGCUAAUCAAUUGGGAGUUGAAGCUUAUUUUCAUGUGGGUCGUAUAAUUCAUAGAACACAAUUUUUUGAUGAGAUUGGAAAUUGUGAGGAAACAGUCCAAUCAGCUGAAGAAUCUUUUCGAACUAAGUUCUUCUUGCAGAUUGUUGAUCAAGCUAUUAGUUCACUUGAAAGACGGUUUGAGCAAUAUAAAGCAUGUGACGACAUAUUUGGUUUUUUGUUUAGUUCAGAUACUUUAAACUCAAUGGAUGAUGAUCAGUUGAAAGCUCGUUGUGAUAAUCUUGAAGCUGCUCUAAGACACGAGGAAGUGUCGGAUAUUGAUGCAAACGAUUUGUUUGGCGAGUUGAAAGUUUUACGUGAACUAUUACCAAUGGAAAUAACCACAGCAGUUGGUAUAUUUAAUUUCAUAAAACGUCAAUAUAGCUUUCCGAUUACAUCUAUUGCAUAUAGAGUACUCUUAACAAUUCCAGUUACAGUGGCAUCGGCAGAAAGAAGCUUUUCAAAAUUAAACAUCCUGAAAUCGUUUUUGCGUACUACCAUGGCCCAAGAAAGACUCAAUGGGAUGGCAAUGAUAUCGAUUGAGCAUAGUUUUGUUGACGAUGUUGAUAUUGAUUCAUUAAUCGAUGAUUUUGCAGCGGUGAAUUCAAGACGGCUAAAUUUCCGCUGA